AUGAGUUGUCUCUCCAUUGCAGAAAAUCUCCACCACCAGGUCCUCGAGGCAUCCUUGUCGAUAUUUCCCCCAAGCGGCAGCGGCAACGUCAGCGCGGCAGCAGCAGAGACGACGGCCAUGUCCGGACGAAAGGGAAAAUUGGACGAUUUUCUCCGACUUCAUAUUAGUCUUGUGCGACAAUGUCUCAGUUCGACGCCGUCGGGAAAGGAUAAAGAGGAAGCGGAUGCCCAGCUGUCAUGGCCGUCUUCUUCCUCGGCAGCACCAAGAUUCCUCAGUCUCAUAGCAACUCAGCCUCGCGAGACCAUCGCUCAAGUUCAUCCACGUACGAAGCCUAGGAUCGCCGUCUUCUUCACGACCGUCCUCUCCUCGUCCGUCCUCUCCCCGUCCGCCUUCUUCGCUCUCCCAGUCUUCUCGCCCGUCGUCGCCUCGGCCCUCGUCUCCUCGUCCAUCCACCCCACCUCCAUCCUCUUCACGUCCUCCAUCAACCACCACCGCAACCAUGUCUUCCCCGUAACCAAGAACUCGGUUCCCCCGACCAGCACCACCACCUCUAACCCGUCUACCAUUUCCACCAGCUCCAGCAACCCCCUCAACUCCAGCAGCUACCCCAACAACUCCCUCAGCACCGGCAACCCCAACACUAACACCACCAAGCCCAUCAACAACAACCUCACCAACAACCAGAACAGCGGCUUCGGUAACUCUCUCCCCAUGCCCGGUCUCUCCGGCCCCGCCAACGGACCCAUUGGCAACCUCCUCAAGGGUCCCGUUGAUGACAACGGCAAGCUCAAGGACGCCGGCCUCAUGGUCGGUAUCAAGCUUGACCUUGAAGCCGAGGUUCACCUCACAGCGCGGGUCCGAGGUGACAUCCUCGUUGGCCUAUACUAG